UAAAUUGUAGCUAACCUAUUCUUAGAUUUUAGAUUCAAUCGGCGUCUCCUUCUCUCUGUUGGUGCUAAGCAGCAAUCAGAGCCCACCUUCUGAUUGAUCAAUGGCCACCGGCCAUUGACAACCUUCACCUUCCUUUCUCUACAUACCCCCUUCUCUCUCUGCCCACAAUCCCCCCAAAACGUACCACCACCAUGAUACCUCUCCUUCUCCUCUCGGUCCUCCUUCUCCCUCAUCCAUCUCUUUCCGCAGUCACCAUUUCUGUCUCACCCAAAACCCUCUCUAAAUCGGGGGACACAAUUCAGAUCCAAUGGUCUGGCGUCGAGUCCCCUUCUAAGCUCGACUGGGUCGGCCUCUACUCCCCUUCGGACUCGCGUCACGAAAAUUUCAUCGGCUACAAGUUCCUCUCCUCCUCGCCUUCUUGGCAAUCCGGCUCGGGCUCCAUAUCAAUGCCCCUCAUCAACCUUCGCUCCAAUUACUCAUUUCGGAUCUUCCGCUGGACGGAGUCCGAGAUCAAUCCCAAGCGCCACGAUCACGACCAUAAUCCCCUUCCUGGAACGGCACAUUUGUUGGCCAAGUCGGAGGAGGUUGGUUUCGUUGGUUCGGACCAUCGGGCGGAACAGAUUCAUCUGGCGUACACGAAUAAUGAAGACGAGAUGCGGGUGAUGUUCGUGACCGGAGAUCGGGAGGAGAGGUACGUGAGGUAUGGGUUAGAGGAGGCCGCGUUUGUUCACGUGGCGGCUGCGCGCGUGGAUAGGUAUGAGAGAGAGCACAUGUGUGACAAACCGGCGAAUGAGAGCACUGGGUGGAGAGAUCCAGGAUGGAUCCAUGAUGCGGUCAUGACGAAUUUGAAGAAAGCAGUUAGAUACUAUUAUCAGGUGGGGAGUGACUCCAAAGGUUGGAGCGAAACUCAUAGCUUUGUGUCACGAAAUGAAGACUCAGCCGAAACAGUAGCGUUUCUGUUUGGAGACAUGGGAACUGCAACGCCUUACUCAACCUUUAUUCGCACUCAAGAUGAAAGCAUAUCAACACUGAAGUGGAUCCUCCGCGACAUAAAAGUCCUCGGUGAUCGGCCUGCUUUUGUGUCACAUAUUGGAGACAUCAGCUAUGCUAGAGGUUAUGCAUGGAUAUGGGACAACUUUUUCGCUCAAAUUGAACCUGUUGCAUCCGUAGUUCCAUACCAUGUAUGCAUCGGUAAUCAUGAAUAUGAUUGGCCCUUACAGCCAUGGAGGCCUGAGUGGUCCUAUUCAAUUUAUGGAACUGAUGGAGGUGGCGAAUGUGGAGUUCCCUAUAGCCUUCGAUUUAACAUGCCCGGGAACUCCUCUGAACCAUCUGGAAAUCGUGCCCCUGCAACUAGAAACCUUUACUACUCAUUUAAUAUGGGGGUAGUCCAUUUUGUGUACAUAUCAACUGAGACAAAUUUUCUUCCUGGGAGCAGACAGUAUGAAUUUAUAAAGCAUGACCUGGAAUCUGUUAAUCGGAGCAAAACCCCUUUUGUGAUAGUCCAGGGGCACAGGCCAAUGUACACAACCAGCCACGAAAACAGGGAUGCCCCAUUUAGGGAGAGAAUGCUUGAGCACCUUGAACCAUUAUUUGUGAAAAAUAAUGUGACCCUUGCAUUGUGGGGUCAUGUGCAUAGAUAUGAGAGGUUUUGUCCAAUAAAUAACUUCACCUGUGGAAGCCUGGGCUUGAAUGGAGAGGAUUGGAAGGCAUUUCCAGUCCAUGUUGUUAUUGGGAUGGCAGGACAAGACUGGCAACCAAUCUGGGAACCUAGACCUGACCACCAGGAUGUCCCAAUCUUUCCACAGCCUGAGCGGUCUUUAUACCGUGGAGGUGAGUUCGGAUACACCAGAUUGUUCGCCACGAAGGAAAAGCUUACACUUUCUUAUGUGGGAAACCAUGACGGGGAGGUGCACGAUAUGGUCGAGAUUCUUGCAUCGGGGCAAGUUCUCAGUGGUGGUGGUGAUGCUACUGUUUCUUUAGGCAGUGCAGAGGGGGUGGAAUCUCCAUUCUCAUGGUAUGUGAAAGGAGCAAGUAUGCUGUUGCUUGGAGCUUUUAUGGGCUAUCUUCUUGGGAUCAUUUCACAUGCCAGAAAACACAAUACCUCGGGAAACAGUUGGACUCCUGUAAAGAGUGAGGAUAUAUGAAAUGUGGAACAGUCAGAUGACCAGAGAGAGAUGCAUUGCCGCUUCAAUGCGUCACUGUUGCUUGGAGAAUGAGGCAUCACAGAUGGUUGUCUCCACUUUAAGGUAUCUAUUUUUGGAGAGGUUAGGAAUCAGGCAGACAAAAAUGCUUGUGAUGUUCACCUGUUUUACUCAUUGCCAAUGUACUUAUGUAAGUUUUUCCAUGUUAGAUGUCAACUAGAGGCUACUGCAACAUGACUUUUUAAUGUUUGUGUAAUUUACUUGUUGAUAGGAGUUUUUAUAGCAAAGAAGUACAUUGCAUAUAGGAACAUAAACGUUCUGAUGCUGUGCCAUGAUGAGAUUCUCAAACUCAGUAGUUAUGUUUGCUUGAUGUAUCCUGAUAUUUUUCA